UUUCUCUCUGGGUGUUCAGCUGAUGAUUCGGUUUUCGAUUCUUUAGAUCUUUUCCUCUGGCGGGUCGAUUGAGAUAGGUUGCUAGAUUUCUGGGCUUAAUCUGGAGCAUCCAGAUCAUCCGGGUCAUCUGAUAAAUCUCAGCUCGAUUUGCGGUUGGAGUGUAAUCUGGUGAAAAGUCUUGGCCGUUGUUUGUUUCAGAACAGAGAGGUUUCAAUUUCUGCUGGUCCAGUUGAGCUAAGACUCGAGCUUUAGCACGGAAUUCUUGUUUUCUGGGAAUCGGGUUGUCGUUCCUCGUACAGCUCUUGGUUUCUUGGUCUUGUUUUGCUUUCUGAAAAAUGCUGUGGCAGCUAAUAGACUCUCAGUUUGGUUGAGAUUAAAUGGGGUCUGAAUGCCCUCCUGCUGUGACUGUACAUAUAACCGGUUUUAAGAAGUUCCACGGAGUUUCUGAGAAUCCGACCGAGACAGUAGUCAGUAACCUAAAGGAGUAUGUGAAGAAGAAGGGCUUGCCAAAAGGUUUGAUUCUUGGAAGUUGCAGUAUCCUUGAUGCUGCGGGUCAGGGGGCAUUGGUUCAGCUCUACCAAACGUUGCAGUCUGCAGUAGCUGAAAAGAAUUCUCAGACAUCGAAUUCUGGAAAAAUUAUUUGGGUACAUUUUGGAGUCAAUAGUGGUGCCUCAAAAUUUGCAGUCGAGCAACAAGCUGUCAAUGAAGCUACUUUUCGCUGCCCUGAUGAGAUGGGUUGGAAGCCUCAGAAAGUCCCCAUUGUUCCUGCAGACGGUGGAAUUUCUCGAAUAAGAGAGACCUCUCUCCCUGUUGAAGAGAUUGCAAAGGCCUUAGCGAGUAAAGGCUAUGAAGUCAUGACUUCCGACGAUGCAGGCAGAUUCGUGUGCAACUAUGUCUACUAUCACUCCCUUCGUUUUGCAGAGCAGAAAGGGAUCAGGUCACUUUUCGUUCACGUGCCUCUGUUCUUGACCAUAGAUGAGGACACCCAAAUGCGGUUUGCUUAUGCCUUGCUCGAGGUGCUUGCAUCUCUAUGUUAGCAGUUUUCCUGUUGAGCAAACAAUCCACCCGAAUUUCAAUAUCUUAUUGGCCCCGAAUUCUGGAAGUGGAUCAUCAUCAAUCUUAAAAGGGUAUGCCUUCCAAUUAGUAAGUUUGUUCGGUCUUUCGUCUUUCACGAGCAGUAAGUUUGCAAGGUCAUUUCAUUUUCGCUUGAUGAUACCUGGACUGUUCCCAAUGUUAAAGGAUCUUCUGUGUUAAUAUGUGAAUAAGAAAAAGAUCCCCAGCUUGUUGCUUUUCACUAUUC